CGACCAUCCACCAGGACAGCGGGCGACCUGAGCGACAGUUCGGGCUGUGAGAAUGUCUCUGUAUCGCAACUCAGCAUGGUUCCUGAAAGGACUCACCGAAUUCACCAAGGGGGGGUUUGUGUCUGCAUCUAAAAACUUCAUGGAGAAAGACCUGGAUGUGUCGAUGGCAGGCCGAUCCUUCAUGAUCACUGGAGCGAACAGUGGCAUCGGGAAAGCAGCCGCCAUGGCCAUCGCCAAGAAAGGUGGUAUGAUCCACAUGGUUUGCAGGAACAAGGACAAGGCAGAGGAGGCCAGAGCGGAGAUCAUCAAGGAGUCUGGAAACAAAGAAAUUUAUGUGCACAUUUUGGAUCUGUCUGAGACCAAGAAGGUGUGGGAGUUCGCCGAGACUUUUAAGAAAAAAUACAAAACUCUCAAUGUUCUGAUCAAUAAUGCCGGCUGUAUGAUGACUAAGAGGGAGGUGAAUGGAGAGGGCUUGGAGAAAAGCUUUGCCAGCAACUCUCUGGCUGUGUACAUUCUAAUCAAGAGCCUCAUUCCUCUGCUGGAGAAGAGCCCUGACCCCAGAGUGAUAACGGUAUCAUCAGGUGGGAUGCUCGUGCAGAAAUUGCGAACAGGGAACCUGCAGUCUGAGAGGGGAAGAUAUGACGGCACUAUGGUAUACGCACAGAACAAGAGGCAGCAGGUUGUGAUGACGGAGCAGUUUGCUAAAGCUCAUCCAAACAUUCAUUUCUCCGUGAUGCACCCGGGCUGGGUUGAUACGCCAACCAUUGCGAAUGCAAUGCCUGACUUCCACAGCUCUAUGAAAGAGCGUUUGCGGACACCAGAUCAGGGAGCCGAUACGGUCAUAUGGCUCGCCCUGUCGGAGGCUGCUGUCAAGAAUCCCAGCGGGCAUUUUUUUCAGGAUCGUCAGAUGGUGUCUGCUCACCUUCCUCUGGCCUGGACGCACAGUUCACAGUUGGAAGAUCAGAAAUUCAUGAGCGUCAUGGAAGAGCUCGCCAAGAGCUUCCAGCCUCACUAAACACUUGCAAUAGAAAUAUAGAUUUUAGAACACUAACACACAAUAUAUUGUGUUUCACUGAUGGACAGAUAAUUAAGUCUCACCCGUCUCAUAAGUAAAAACAGUGUGGAUUAACUUAAAAUAUCUCAUAUCAAACAUUUAGCAUCUAUUUAGCAUUUUUAGAAUAAAUAUUCUCCAAACUCUGAAAGUUUGAAGGUGUGAAAGAAUGUAAUGCUCAAUAAAACCUUAAAUAUAUCUACAUUUUUCUUUCAAAAUGACUACUUCCUGUUCUACUUUCUUGUACAUUUCAUUCUCUCCUAUAUUGGUCAUGGCAGAAGUGGGAAUCGUUCUUUUCCGACAGCUCAUUGGUCCCAACACCUUAUGAUCCGUCUCGGCCAAUCACGGUGUGUGACUCCAACGAAUCAGGUCAAUCAGGUGGGAACUUGUUCUGACCGGAGUCACCCCAGCUGUCAAUCACUCACUCGCAGCCAAUCACCUGGUGAUGUCCAGAAAACUGACUGAAAAGGAUGAUUUCAAGAGGUUGUGAUUGGACGUUUCUUUGGUUUUUACGAUGUCGCAUGAUGUUACAGAGAAUUGUAAACAUCUGAUUUAUCUGUUCUGACAAUAACACUUGAUUAUAUUACUGUAUAUACAGAUUGGGUUCUUAAUUAUUAAUGAGAUGACUGUACUUUGACACAUUUUUGUCAAACAUUAAUAAACAUCUGUGAAGGCGUGUUUAA